GGGAAGAAAAGGUGUACUGUUCGGGUUGGUCAGCAGGCUAGGCUGGCUUGUCAGGGCUGGGCUCUUCCGAACAGUAAUAACCUGGGGUCCUGUUCGUUGAAACCACAGAGACCAGGACGAGGAGAGAUCUCCAGCUGACAGCAUGGAUUUCGGAACUCCCGACCUGCUGGACUUCUGGCUGGAACCCCCAGAUGAUGUUUUAACAGGAUCCUUCCUGGAGCUGGGACACCACUGUCCACCUCCAGAGGUCCCAGUGACUAUGCUACAAGAACAGGGACUGCAAGCCUGCAAGUCCAGUGGGGGCCAUGUCUGUGGCCUUCAAGAGAGUGAGCCUGAAGAUUUCCCAAAGCUUUUCAUUGAUCCCAAUGAAGUGUACUGCUCAGAAGCAUCUCCUGGCAGCGACAGUGGAAUCUCUGAGGACCCAGGUCAUCCAGACAGUCCCCCUGUCCUCAAGACACCCAGUUCCCCUGCCUUCUAUGAGGUUGUUUAUGAAGCAGAGGUCCUGGAGAAGAUGCAGGAGGAAGCUGGGCCACCUGUAGGGUUCAUCUCCAUUCAGCUAGAUCAGUGGAGUCCACCAUUUAUGGUGCCUGAUGCCUGCACAGUCAGCAAGCUGUCCCUUGAUGCUCAUGCCUGCAUCCAGCCCAGAGCAGACACUGUAAACCCAGUGCUUCCUGCGACCCUGCUGCCCUGUCAAACCUUGUUCCUGACAGAUGAGGAGAAGCGUCUUCUCGGGCAGGAAGGGAUUUCCCUGCCCUCUCACCUGCCCCUCACCAAGGCAGAGGAAAGGGUCCUCAAGAAGGUCAGGAGGAAAAUCCGUAACAAGCAGUCAGCUCAGGACAGUCGGCGGCGGAAGAAAGAGUACAUCGAUGGACUAGAAAGCAGGGUGGCUGCCUGUUCUGCACAGAACCAGGAACUGCAGAAAAAAGUCCAGGAGUUGGAGAGGCACAACAUCUCCUUGGUGACUCAGCUCCGCCAGCUGCAGAUGCUCAUUACUCAAACUUCCAACAAAGCUGCCCAGACCAGCACUUGUGUUCUGAUCCUUCUUUUUUCCCUGGCUCUCAUCAUCCUGCCUAGUUUCAGCCCCUUUCAAGGCCUACCAGCAGCUGGGUCCGAGGAUUACCAGCCUCAUGGAGUGAUUUCCAGAAAUAUCCUGACCCACAAGAACAUAACAGAAAAUUGGGAGACCCCAGAGGUAGAGUCCAGAUUGGGAAGGCCACCUGGGACCAAGAGUGCAAAUGGAUCAACAAGGACACUGCUUGAGAAGAUAGGAGUGAAGACAGGCCCCAGUGGGCACACCAGAGCUGUGCUGCAUGCAGAUGAGAUGUGAACUGGAAUACUUCCGAGCCCACUACCCGGUCACAUAAGGACUCCAGGGCUCCACUCUGACUCCGCUUCCCCCUGGGAUUCCCACUCAGGGUUCUCUGGCCUCAGGGGUCUGAAUCACAUCAGGAUGCCCUAGAUGUCUAUCCUGAGUCUGCCUAUGUGAGGUAGCAUCUCAAAUAUUUUUAUGGUGUAUCUGUGAUUUUACUUCUUCUUUGGAUAUAGGAUUGAGGGAAACAGAAGGUUUUACUGAGAAAUAA